UGCAGCUGACCAAUCACAACAGCUGUUACUUGACAGCUGCGUCAUUUCCCCUCGUGUGUAUAAAAGCCACCUUCCUGCGACCCACAUCAUCAGUUUCCAGCAAACUUUUGUCAACACAACAACGUCCGUACUUUCUUUAAACAAAAAAGAAAAAACUAUAACAAGAUAUUCAGCCAUUUUGAAUUACUUCUAUUGAACAAAAAAAGGGAUCAAUAUGCAGAUCUUUGUUAAAACAUUAACUGGUAAGACCAUUACCUUGGAGGUAGAGGCAUCUGACACAAUUGAAAAUGUCAAGGCCAAGAUUCAAGACAAGGAAGGUAUCCCACCAGAUCAGCAAAGAUUGAUCUUUGCUGGCAAGCAACUUGAAGAUGGUAGAACCUUGUCUGAUUACAAUAUUCAGAAAGAGUCUACAUUGCAUUUGGUACUUCGUCUUCGUGGUGGUAUGCAAAUAUUUGUCAAAACUUUGACUGGAAAAACAAUUACUUUAGAAGUUGAAGCAUCUGAUACUAUUGAGAAUGUCAAGGCUAAAAUUCAAGAUAAAGAAGGAAUUCCACCAGAUCAGCAGAGAUUGAUUUUCGCUGGUAAACAAUUGGAAGAUGGUCGUACAUUGUCUGACUACAAUAUCCAAAAAGAAUCAACAUUGCACUUGGUACUUCGUCUUCGUGGUGGUAUGCAAAUUUUUGUAAAAACUCUUACUGGUAAAACCAUCACCUUGGAGGUUGAAGCUUCAGACACAAUUGAAAAUGUCAAAGCUAAAAUUCAAGACAAAGAGGGAAUUCCACCAGAUCAACAAAGAUUAAUCUUUGCUGGUAAACAAUUGGAAGAUGGACGUACAUUGUCCGAUUACAACAUCCAAAAAGAGUCAACUUUGCAUUUAGUACUUCGUCUUCGUGGUGGCAUGCAAAUUUUUGUAAAAACACUUACUGGUAAAACCAUUACAUUGGAAGUUGAAGCAUCAGAUACAAUUGAAAAUGUAAAGGCUAAAAUUCAAGACAAAGAAGGAAUACCACCAGACCAACAAAGGUUGAUUUUUGCUGGUAAACAACUUGAAGAUGGACGUACAUUGUCUGAUUAUAAUAUUCAAAAAGAAUCAACAUUGCACUUGGUACUUCGUCUUCGUGGUGGUAUGCAGAUCUUUGUUAAAACAUUAACUGGUAAAACUAUUACUCUUGAAGUUGAAGCAUCAGAUACUAUUGAAAAUGUCAAAGCAAAAAUUCAAGAUAAAGAAGGAAUACCACCAGAUCAACAAAGAUUGAUUUUUGCUGGUAAACAAUUGGAAGAUGGACGUACACUUUCUGAUUAUAACAUUCAAAAAGAAUCAACACUCCAUCUGGUACUUCGUCUUCGUGGUGGUAUGCAGAUUUUCGUAAAAACAUUAACUGGUAAAACCAUCACAUUGGAGGUUGAAGCAUCAGAUACAAUUGAAAAUGUAAAGGCGAAAAUCCAGGACAAAGAAGGUAUUCCACCAGAUCAGCAGAGAUUGAUUUUCGCUGGUAAACAACUUGAAGAUGGACGUACAUUAUCUGAUUAUAAUAUUCAAAAAGAAUCAACAUUACAUUUGGUACUUCGUCUUCGUGGUGGUAUGCAAAUUUUUGUAAAAACACUUACUGGUAAAACCAUUACAUUGGAAGUUGAAGCAUCAGAUACAAUUGAAAAUGUAAAGGCUAAAAUACAAGACAAAGAAGGUAUUCCACCAGAUCAGCAGAGAUUAAUUUUUGCUGGUAAACAACUUGAAGAUGGUAGAACUUUGUCUGAUUAUAAUAUACAAAAAGAAUCAACACUCCAUCUGGUACUUCGUCUCCGUGGUGGUAUGCAGAUUUUCGUAAAAACAUUAACUGGUAAAACCAUCACAUUGGAGGUUGAAGCAUCUGAUACCAUUGAAAAUGUAAAAGCCAAAAUCCAAGACAAAGAAGGAAUCCCACCAGAUCAGCAGAGAUUGAUUUUCGCUGGUAAACAACUUGAAGAUGGACGUACAUUAUCUGACUACAACAUCCAAAAAGAAUCCACAUUGCAUUUAGUACUCCGUCUUCGUGGUGGUAUGCAAAUUUUUGUUAAAACAUUAACUGGUAAAACCAUCACCUUGGAGGUUGAAGCAUCAGACACCAUUGAAAAUGUUAAAGCUAAAAUCCAGGACAAAGAGGGUAUUCCACCAGAUCAACAAAGAUUAAUCUUUGCUGGUAAACAAUUAGAAGAUGGUCGUACAUUAUCAGAUUAUAACAUCCAAAAAGAAUCAACCCUCCAUUUGGUUCUUCGUCUUCGUGGUGGUGCAAUAAUCAUCUGUGAAAAUUAAAAAAAAAAAACAACAAAAACUGAUACAUUUCCAUAAAUGAAAAUUUCUGUUUAAUUAAUCUUUGCCAAUAAACAUCUCAAAUUAGAAUCAA